UGAUACAGACUGUCCGGAGAACAAAUGUUGAUUAUGACAGCUGGUAAUGGCAAGUGGGUUUCAGAACCGCUGGUGUUUUCACAAUUAACAAAAUAUGACAUUGGGACUAGAUUAAAACUGAGAAAGAGAAAAUCUCGUUGAAGUCCAUUCCAAACAAAGGACUAACUUUAACCAAACUUGCUACAAAGUAUGUUGGAUAAAGAGGAUUCAUAUUUGUUCAAAUGAAGUGCCACACCCUUUUUGAAGGAGUGAGGAACUGAAAAAGUGCUCCACAAGAAGUGAAAUGUAAUUUGUAUGCAAAAGUGGAUCCUGUCAUAAUGAGUUUACCCCAUAGCUUUGCCUUUGAUUAUGGAUGAAUGAAUAGUUGGGAAUAGUAUUCUCAUUUUGAUAGCAUAUCAAUGGCUGUGAUGGAACUCAUCUAGAUCUUCAUUUUGGUUGUGAAUUUUCUUUUAUUAUUUUUUACUGGAUUUUUUACCCUUAUAACUAACAUGCUUUUAAGACGUUACAUAGAGAGGGUUAAGACCUACUGGUUUCGCCAAAAGUCCAGGCACUUUUCUGUAGCACGAGUAUUCAUUAUUGUUAUUCUGUUCAGUUUUGUGACAUUUUUUAUACUGUCAUACAAACUGAUGACUCCAAGACAUGUCCGCAAAAUCCCACACCCUCCUAUGCCCAAGGUCCAGUGUCGAUUUGACAGGAAGUUACAAUUUCCUCCAAGAGAUCACAAUUCCAGAGACAACUUGCACAUUAGUAAAAAAGUGCUGGUGUUUGCCGAGUCACAAUACCCAAAGUUGGUACGACAAAUCACACAGACACUUGAGCUUGCCAGGUUUGAAUACAAAAUUGAAACCACUGGCAAACACCUACCACCGCUUACCCACAUGGACAAAGGAAGGUGGUCUGUGAUAAUUUUUGAGAAUCUGGAAGCUUAUUUAGCAAUGGAUCAGUGGAAUAGAGAAAUGAUUGACAAGUACUGUAAAGAAUACAAAGUGGGCAUGAUUAUUUUUGUACAUUCAGCAGAAGAGUUAGGGAUAGAUCGAGAGAAAGUUACUGGAUUUCCUUUAAUUUUACGCUACAAUAUGGGGCUUCGAGAUUUCCAUUUGAACAUGUAUUCUGAAAUGUGGAGGAUUGCUAGACCAGGGGAAGUAAUUGAUGGUCCCUUAGCUGAUGAUGAUUGGACUGUGUUUGAAUACCAUAACAACACAUACGAACCUCUAGCCUAUGCCAGAGCUGCACCCAACAAAUUUGUGGAGGGAAAUGAACAGGACAACUCAACACUGGUGGCUUCGGUACUGGAUGUGGGAAAGCAUGAUGGUAUCAAGCGAGUUUACUUUGGAAACUCUCUGAAUUUUUGGUUGCAUCGUCUGAUGAUAGUGGAUGCAUUGUCAUACCUCUCACAUGGCAAGUUGAGCCUCUCUCUGGAUCGUUAUAUACAAGUAGAUGUGGACGACAUUUUUGUUGGGAUCACUGGGACCAGAAUGACUGCAUCAGAUGUUGAGGCCAUGGUGCAAACACAGGAGAAACUGCAGAAGAAGGUGCAAGGAUUUAUGUUCAAUAUGGGGUUUUCUGGUUAUUACUAUCAAAAGGGAGAUGAUAUGGAAAAUGAAGGAGAUAAAAAGAUUCUUGAGUACAAAAACAAGUUCUGGUGGUUUGGACACAUGUGGAAGCAUGAACAUUCUCAUAAGUUUCCUCAAGAACGACUUGAGCAGUCCAUGCUGAAAAACUACCAAUUUGCCAAGCAGAUGAACAUUCCGGUGCACCACCAGUAUGCGGUGGCUCCUCUACACGCUGGAGUCUUUCCAAUCCAUGAGGAGCUCUACACUGCCUGGAAGAAUGUGUGGGAUAUUCGAGUCACCAGCACAGAAGAAUACCCCCGACUGCACCCUGCCUGGAGAAGGAGGGGUUUCAUUCACAGGGGGAUAAUGGUGCUCCCUCGUCAGACUUGUGGUCUUUUUACACACACCAUGUUCAUUGAUGAGUACCCUGGCGGUGCAGAUGUGCUGGAAAGGAGCAUCCAAGGGGGAGAACUCUUUGCCACAUUCCUUUUUAAUCCUAUCAACAUAUUUAUGACUCACAUGUCCAACUACGGUAACGACCGUCUAGCACUUUACACGUUUGUGAGUGCUAUUAAGUUUGUUCAAUGCUGGACCAAUCUUAAGUUAAAGCAGGUUCCCCCUCUCGAGAUGGGAAUCAAGUAUUUUGAAAUGUACCCUGAAGAAAAGGAUCCUGUAUGGAGGAACCCGUGUUCCUACAAGAGGCACAUAGAGAUUUGGUCUGAGAACAAAACAUGUGAUAGACUGCCAAAAUUUAUGGUCAUUGGGCCCCAGAAAACAGGUACCACAGCACUAUACACAUUUCUUGCUAUGCAUCCAGCCAUGAUCAGUAAUUAUAACAGUUCCGAGACUUUUGAGGAGGUUCAGUUUUUCAAUGGAAAUAAUUACUACAAAGGCUUGGAUUGGUACAUGAAUUUUUUCCCCAUUCCACCAAAUGCUACCUCAGAUUUUCUGUUUGAGAAAAGUGCCACUUACUUUGACAGUGAGCUGGCACCACAUCGAGCACAUGCUCUUCUUCCUAAAGCUAAACUCAUCUGUAUACUCAUUCAUCCUGCCAAACGAGCCUACUCAUGGUACCAGCAUAUGAGGGCGCAUAAGGACCCUGUGGCAACAAACUACUCAUUUUAUGAUGUGAUAACAGCAUCACAAUCGUCCCCGAUGAAGCUUCAGAGUCUGAGAAAUCGAUGUUUGAUGCCUGGAAUAUAUGUACAACACUUGUCCAGAUGGCUAGAUUUCUACCCCUCCAGACAGCUAUUUAUUGUGGAUGGAGAAAAACUCAAGAGCCACCCAACAGCUGUGAUGCAUAAUGUACAGCGGUUCCUGCACAUAGAACCUCACUAUGAAUAUAAUGAUUUAUUAAGAUUUGAUCCAAAGAAAGGAUUUUACUGUCAAGUAAUGUCUAAUAACAAAAGUAAGUGUCUGGGGCGGAGCAAGGGGAGGAAAUAUCCUGCAAUGCUCCAGAAGUCCUUAGUAUACUUACAACAGUUCUACAGUAAACACAAUAUAGCCCUGUCACACUUACUGGAAAAGUACAAGUACAGGGUUCCUGAUUGGUUAGAAAGGGAUCUCAGCAGCAAUAGAUAACAUUGUGUUUCAUUGGUUCAAAUGCUGAUAGCCAGUGAAAAAUUGUCUUUCAUGACAUUUGCACUUUAGAAAGUGUACUGCCAAACAUUUUUAUUUAAAAAGACAAAUAGUGUGUGAUACUGAACGAAAUGUUAUUUUGGAGAAAGAGAGAGAUCAAUAGGUAUUGUAAGAAAUGAAAGCUGAAAUUGUGUUGUAUGAAAGGGAUAUAUAUUUACAUGUAUCCUUCAGCAAACAAGGUUUGGGAGGGAUAUACAUGUAUGAAUCACCAUGUUUAUCUGUCUGUCUGUCCAUCUCGCUAUAUGUUUAGGUCAUAAAUUGUAAUGAAAAUAUAUUGAUAUCUCAAUCUUAUGACCAGAUUGUGUCAUAUACCUGACUAAAGGUCAUUUUACCAAAGUCACUGGUAAUUAUAAAAAACCCAUCCUUUGUGCAGGCCUUUGAAAUUAGAAGUUCAUAUAUAGCAGAAAGGUUUUCAUGGCUAGUGUGGCAUGGCAUUAGCAGAAAGGUUUUAAUGGCUAGUGUGGCAUGACUCUGAACCAAUGCCAUUUGACCAAAGUCAAGGUCGCUGGUAAAAAAGCCAGUCUAGAAUUUUUGUUUGGGUCAUAAUCUUGUUAGGGAAAGACAAUUGAAACCCAUACCUAGCACAAAUAAUGUGUCCUGACCAAAAAUAUAAUUUACGAUUGGCCAAGGUAACAGAAAUUAGAAAUCAGUCAUAACUAUGUAAUAAAGGGAUUGUAGAAGUCUAUAUGAAUGUGGCAUUCAAAGUAUGCUGCAUUUUGAGUAUGCCCCAGUUUGAGUGAAGCCUAAGGGGAGUAUUAGUCCUGUUAGGACAGAUCUAAUUUGAUUGGUAAUGAAUUUUAUUAAUAUUAUGUUGAACAUUGUAUCUUUGGAGCAGUUUGAGAGAAUGUUGUUAAACAUGCCAUUUUAUGAUGCUUUAAACGAAAUGGUGCUAGAUUGCUUUUAGUGAGUGUGCUGUGCACAUUGUACAUUUCCUGUACAAUAUUUCUAGGAUAUUUUCUGUAGGUGAUUUGAAAUACUUGGUAAAACUAUUUCUGAUUAGUGAAGAUGAUAUAUAUUUUAAACUCUGAAAUAAUUACAGUCUGUUGUCAUUGUGUUAAAAUGUGUAUAUUUGUCUCUUUAAUUUUACAAGGAUUUAUAGAAUAUAGGAAACUUUGUGAAAUUGGUAAUAUGUGGAUUUAAAAAGCCUCAGGUCAAAAGAUAUAACAUUGGUUUAGUUUCAAUGUUGCAUUAGGCAGCGUGUAUUUUUCUGUUAUUGCCAGUGGUAAUGGAUUUGUUGUUUUUACUUUGUUUUUUAAAUACAUUAAUUUUUAUCAAUGUAGUGUAAGUUGUGAUCAUACUGUUCAUCAUGUAUAAUUUUCACGAGACUUUAUUUCCACCUUUCUAUCUUCUCAGAUCCAUCAGUGAACAUAAUUACUGUGAAUGUUCUAUUUUUUCUUUACUAUUUACAAGGAAUUCAUGAUAACCUUAGUUUUGAAUCUAGGCAACAUCAAAAAUUUAUAUGAAUAUAAAGUUCUUACGAAUGUUUCACUGUUUAGUGAUUAACAGUGUUCAUGUUAAAUUGGAAUAUUUACAUUUUUAAUGUUUCUGCCUUUGAUAUUUCUACAAAUUGGAAUUGGAAUUAUGAAUGCAUUGCAGUUGUGAACAAUGUGUAUAUGAAUCUUGACAAAUAUAGUAGUCUAUUUUAACAGCUGAGAAAUUUCAACAGAAAUGAGAGUGGAAUGUAAAUAUGAGUAAGAAAUUUCAUUUUUGAAAAUACAUGAGGGUAUGAACUGAAACGCUUUACGUUGGCGUACUUUUCAUGAAGAGCUAACACACUUUAUGAAGUAUGCCAUUAUGAAGCAUUGCAGU